GGUGUUGUAACCCCAAAAAGACGUGCAUUUGGUCGCCAUUGCCGCCAUUUUUAUUCUUGUUGUAUUUGCAAAAUAAAAAGUGCAAUAAAAUACAGAAUAGAAGUAUUAUUUAUUUUUAGUUAUCAGCAGGAUAUUUAUCUUUACAAGAAAUAUUUUCAUCAAGUCUUCAAGGUCUAAACCACCUUGGUCCAAACGCCCCGGAUAAAUAUUAGGGCCAGCAGUAUGAAGCGAGACGCUUACGGAGACGACGGCCCUUCCCACAAGAGGCAGAGGCAUACUGACGAUGAAGUCACGUUUCUGAUUCCCAGCAAGGUGGCUGGUUCGAUCAUCGGGAAGGGCGGAACCAAUAUAUCAAAGCUCAGGAGCCAGUACAAAGCCUCUAUAACAGUCCCAGAUUGCCCCGGCCCCGAACGUGUACUGUCGAUAUUGGCUCCGGAUGUCGAUUCUGUUUUGGAUAUCGUCAAAGAGAUUCUUCCAAAUUUGGCUGAUGGAGGACCCAAGGGCAACACUGAAGACCUCGACGUUCGCCUAUUGAUCCACCAGAGCCGAGCGGGCUGCGUGAUCGGCAAGGGCGGCUCCAAGAUCAAGGAACUUCGCGAUAAAACCGGCGCGAAGCUGAAGAUCUUCUCGAACCCCGCGCCGCAGAGCUCGGAGAGGGUGGUGCAGCUCGUGGGGAACGCCGACGCGGUGGCGGCCGGAGUGCGCGAGGUGCUGGACCUCAUCAGACAGGUACCAAUCAAAGGGCCCAUCCAAAACUACGACCCCCACAACUAUGAUGAUUUCUACGCAGACGAGUAUGGCGGCUUCGGAGGAGGCGGCGGAAGGGGACCGCCGCGCGGGGGCCCCGGCCGGCCCUCCGCCAGGCCCCCGCCCGGGCCCAGCCGCGGGCCCGGCGGGCCCCGGGGACCGAUGUCGAGGGGACCCCCACCAGGACCCACUGGAGGUCCCCGAGGCUUCGGCGGCAAUGAUUUCGGCGGUCCGCCUCCGCGUGGCAACUUCGGUGGCGGCGCCCCGCGCGGGGGCUUCGGCGGCGGCUUCGGGGGGAACUUCGGCGGCGGCGGGGGGGGCUUCUCCAGCAACGGGGGGCAAGAGACCUCGACGCAGGUCACUAUUCCUAAGGAUCUGGCCGGCGCGAUAAUAGGCAAGGCCGGCACGCGCAUCCGCAAGAUCCGCGCGGAGUCGGGCGCCGGCAUCGAGAUCGCGGCGCCGCUGCAGGGCUCCAGCGACCGCAUCAUCACCAUCACCGGCACCUCCGCCAGGAUACAGAAGGCGCAAUAUCUGCUGCAGCAGAGCGUGCACGAGAGUAACCCCCAUCUCGGUCGCAGCAGCAACUUUUGAUUUCGGAAGCGCCGAGCGGGAUAACCGUUAAACUAUUUCACAUGAAGCUUUACAAUACCACCUCAUUCUAGUAAACUACAGUAUGUAAUACGAGGCUUUUGUAAUACCACGAAGGUCGCUGAGAGUUCAAUCAUUGAUUAAUUUGUCUGUUAGAUAUAGUUUUCAGAAUAAUGGUAAUUAUUUUUAUAUUUGUUUAUUGGAUCUGAAUUUUAGACAACCCAUGUAAUAGCAACUCUCGCGCCUUAAUUUGUAUUCAAGACGGGUGUUUGGUAAAGUUUUAAGGUUGCAUUUAUCAUAUUAAUAAGAAAUUUAUUAAAGAAAUAAUUGUGUCAAUAAUUUACUCACAAUUUGUUACAUCGAUAUAUUUUUUAAGCAAAUAGGUUUGUAAAAGAAAUAAAAUAAAUAGUUUAUUUUGCGAA